AUGAUAACAGCGUCAAAAUGGUUUUGGAAUGGACUUUGGAAUUAUACCAAUCGUGGUUUCGAGAAAAAGAAACAACAUUUUAAUGAAAAUGAUUUAAAUCAAGAUAUUAGUUCAAAACAUUUUAUAAUAACUGGUGGAAAUAAUGGUUUAGGCUUUCAAACUUCUUUAGAAUUAGCAAAACUUGGUGGAAAUGUUCAUAUAUUAUGCAGAAAUCAAGAGAAAGGUGAACAAGCAAUAAAUGAAAUUAAAGAUAAAUCAAAAUCAGAUAAAGUUCAUCUUCAUUUAUGUGAUGUUUCAAUAAUUGGUAGUAUAAAAUCAUUUGUAGAUGAUUGGAAGAAACAAGGUAAUUCAGUGGAUGUAUUAAUUCAUAAUGCAGGCGUUAUGUUACCAAAUAGAGAAGAAACCUCAGAAGGUCAUGAAAAAACAUUUGCAACCAAUUUAUUAGGUCCAUUUUUAUUAACAAAAUUAUUAAUGUGUGAUGAUAAUAAUAGUGGUAGUGGUAGUGGUGAAGGUGCACAUAAAAGAGUUAUAUUCGUAUCAUCAGGAGGUAUGUUAACAUCAAAAAUGUCAAAAGAUUUUGAAUUUAAAAAGUUUACAACAAAUAAAAAUUUAAAAUGGGAUGGUAUGAGAGCAUAUGCUGAAACCAAAAGAGCAAUCAUUUAUUUAACAGAAUUAUUUAGUCAAAAUUAUCAAUCAUUUAAUUCAUAUUCAAUGCAUCCAGGUUGGGUCAAUACAACUGGAGUAAUGAAUGGAAUGCCUUUGUUUUAUAAAAUGACAAAAUCACAAUUAAGAACAUUGGAACAAGGUUGUGAUACAAUUGUUUGGUUAGCAGUUUCACCAACGGUUGAAGAUCAUUCAAAGUAUAGUGGUCAAUUUUUUGAAGACCGUCAAAUUGUUGAUAAAUUCAUACAUAAUUCUCAUACUGAGUCAAGUCAAGAAGAUAUAAAUUCUUUAUGGAAUUAUUUAAAUGAAAUAUUUUUAAAGAGUUGUUAA